AUGUAAAAUUAAUUAAUUUAUUAUUUUCUUUUGCUAGAAUUGCGUGGAAUAUUUUAUUCUUCACCGGGACUGAAAAAGCAAUAGACCGAAGCCAUGGGGGAUGCGGAGAUGGCAGUGUUUGGAAAGGCGGCGUCGUAUUUACGGAAGACUGAUAAAGAAAGGCUUGAAGCUCAGAACCGACCGUUCGAUGCCAAAACCUCCUGCUUUGUUACCGAUCCUAAAGAACUGUACGUGAAGGGAAUCGUCAAGAGUAGGGAGGGCGGCAAAGCCACCGUGGAGACCUUAUUAGACAAGAUGACCGUUACUGUUAAAGACGAUGACGUCCUGCCGAUGAAUCCUCCAAAAUUCGAUAAAGUAGAGGACAUGGUCAUGAUGACUCACCUGAACGAGGCAACCGUGUUGUAUAACCUCAAAGAGCGUUAUGCUGCCUGGAUGAUCUACACCUACUCUGGGUUGUUCUGUGUCACUGUAAACCCCUACAAGUGGUUGCCAGUGUACGACCCGCAGGUUGUGUCGGGAUACAGAGGGAAGAAGCGUCAAGAGGCUCCUCCUCACAUCUUCUCCAUCUCUGACAACGCGUAUCAAGCCAUGCAGACGGAUCGUGAAAACCAGUCCAUCCUGAUUACCGGAGAAUCCGGUGCCGGGAAGACUGUGAACACGAAACGUGUCAUCCAGUACUUCGCAUCGGUUGCAGCAGUUUCCGACGCCAAGAAGAAGGAAGCUCAAACUUCUGGGAAGAUGCAGGGAUCACUGGAGGAUCAAAUCAUCCAGGCUAACCCACUGUUGGAAGCCUUCGGUAAUGCCAAGACUGUGAGAAAUGACAAUUCAUCUCGUUUCGGUAAAUUCAUCAGGAUUCACUUCGGUACCACUGGUAAACUGGCUUCCGCUGACAUUGAAACCUAUCUCCUGGAAAAAUCCAGAGUGACAUUCCAACUGAAAGCUGAAAGGAGUUACCACAUUUUCUACCAGAUGAUGACCAAUCACAAACCUGAAAUUGUUGAGUCAUGUCUAAUUACCACAAAUCCUUAUGAUUAUCCUUUCAUCAGCCAGGGUGAGAUUACAGUCAAGAGUAUUGAUGACACAGAAGAAUUGAUUGCAACUGAUACUGCCAUCGAUAUCCUUGGCUUCGUCAUUGAAGAGAAGUGGGGCAUCUACAAACUCACUGGCGCAGUGAUGCACAUGGGCAAUAUGAAAUUCAAACAAAAACAGCGUGAAGAGCAGGCAGAACCAGAUGGCACAGAAGGUAACAGUUCAUUUCACUUCCGCAUUUAUCAUUAUUUACAAAUUCAAAAUAAUACGGACCUUCAGUAUAAUGUUAUUUUCUCCAAAGAAAACAAAUCAUUGCCAUUUUCAAAUGUAAUAAUUUGCCUUUAUCUUUUGUUAGAUGCCGACAAAGUAGCCUACCUGACCGGCCUCAACUCAGCAGAUUUGCUAAAGGCAUUGUGCUAUCCACGAGUAAAGGUUGGCAAUGAAUUUGUGACCAAAGGGCAGACAGUUCAGCAGGUCACCAAUUCAGUUGGUGCUCUUUCCAAAUCUGUUUUUGAGAAAAUGUUCUUAUGGAUGGUCAUCCGUAUUAAUCAACAACUGGACACAAAGCAGGCCAGACAGUAUUUCAUUGGUGUGCUGGACAUCGCUGGUUUUGAAAUUUUUGAUUACAACAGCUUGGAGCAGUUAUGUAUCAACUUCACAAAUGAGAAACUGCAGCAGUUCUUCAACCACCACAUGUUUGUUCUGGAACAAGAGGAGUACAAGAAGGAAGGAAUUGAAUGGACAUUCAUUGACUUUGGUAUGGACUUGGCUGCUUGCAUUGAGCUCAUUGAGAAGCCCAUGGGUAUCUUCUCAAUCCUCGAGGAGGAGUGUAUGUUCCCCAAAGCCUCAGACACUUCCUUCAAGAAUAAGCUGUAUGAUCAGCACCUUGGAAAGUCAAAUAACUUCUUGAAGCCCAAGCCUGUCAAAGGAAGGCCUGAAGCUCACUUCUCACUGGCCCAUUACGCUGGCAAUGUGGACUACAACAUUACUGGCUGGCUGGAUAAGAAUAAGGAUCCACUGAAUGAAACUGUAAUUGGGCUGUUCCAGAAGUCAUCAGUGAAACUCUUGGGUGUUCUCUACGCUGCAGUCCCUGAAGACAGUACAAAGAAAGCAGGCAAAAAGAAGGGUGGUUCAUUCCAGACAGUGUCUGCUUUGUUUAGGGAAAACUUGGGCAAGCUGAUGGCUAACCUGAGAACCACACAUCCCCAUUUUGUGCGCUGUCUCAUCCCCAAUGAGACAAAGACACCAGGCAUUAUGGAAAAUCACCUUGUCAUACACCAGUUGAGGUGCAAUGGUGUGCUGGAAGGUAUCAGAAUUUGCAGAAAGGGAUUCCCAAGCAGAAUCAUCUACGGUGACUUCAAGCAAAGGUACAGGAUUCUAAAUGCAAGUGCAAUUCCUGAAGGCCAGUUCAUUGAUAGCAAAAAGGCAUCUGAGAAAUUACUGGGAUCCAUUGAUGUAGAUCAUACCCAGUACAAGUUUGGACACACUAAGGUGUUCUUCAAAGCUGGUCUCUUAGGUGCACUUGAAGAGAUGAGAGAUGAAAAGUUGGCACAGCUCGUUACCCGAACUCAAGCUAUAUGCCGUGGCUUUUUAAUGAGGGCUGAAUUUACGAGAAUGAUGGAAAGGAGGGAAGCACUGUAUACUCUACAGUACAACAUCCGUUCAUUCACCAAUGUCAAACACCGGCCAAGGAUGCAACUGUACUUCAAGAUCAAACCUCUCCUGAAGAGUGCUGAAACUGAAAGGGAAAUGGCAAAUAUGAAAGGUGAGUUUGAGAAAACUAAGGAGGCACUUGUUAAAUCUGAAGCACGGAAGAAGGAAUUGGAAGAGAAAAUGGUGGCUCUUGUGCAAGAAAAGAAUGAUCUCCUACUUCAAGUCCAAUCGGAAGGUGAAACUCUGGCAGAUGCAGAAGAAAGAUGUGAGGGGUUGAUUAAAAAUAAGAUUCAACUAGAGGCUAAAAUGAAGGAAGCUAAUGAAAGAUUGGAAGAUGAAGAGGAGAUGAAUGCUGAGCUGACAGCUAAGAAAAGGAAACUGGAGGAUGAGUGCUCAGAACUGAAGAAAGAUAUUGAUGACUUGGAGCUCACAUUAGCCAAAGUUGAAAAAGAAAAACAUGCCACUGAGAACAAGGUGAAAAACCUCACUGAAGAGAUGGCUAGUCUUGAUGAAAACAUUGUUAAAGUAACCAAGGAAAAGAAAGCUCUCCAGGAGGCCCACCAGCAGACCUUGGAUGAUCUCCAGGCUGAGGAAGACAAAGUCAACACUCUAACCAAAACAAAGACUAAGUUGGAACAACAAGUUGAUGAUCUUGAAGGUUCUCUGGAGCAGGAGAAGAAACUCCGCAUGGAUCUGGAGCGUGCUAAGAGAAAGCUUGAAGGUGACUUGAAGCUGUCUCAAGAAAUAACAAUGGACUUGGAGAAUGACAGGCAGCAACUGGAUGAGAAACUAAAGAAGUCAGUAUUUAAAGUUAUGAACAAAUAUGGGAAAGAGUUUGAAAUCAGCCAGCUUCAAAGCAAAGUUGAAGAUGAGCAGGUUAUGGGUUCCCAACUGCAGAAAAAGAUUAAAGAAUUACAGGCUCGUAUUGAGGAGCUUGAGGAAGAAAUUGAAGCUGAACGUGCCUCUCGCGCUAAGACUGAGAAACAGAGAGCCGAUCUUUCUCGGGAACUUGAAGAGAUCAGUGAGCGACUGGAAGAAGCUGGUGGGGCAACUUCAGCUCAGAUUGAAAUGAACAAGAAACGAGAGGCAGAAUUUCAGAAAAUGCGCCGUGACCUAGAAGAAUCUACCCUCCAGCACGAAGCCACAGCUGCUGCUCUUCGCAAGAAGCAGGCUGACAGCGUUGCAGAACUUGGGGAACAAAUCGAUAACCUGCAGCGGGUGAAGCAGAAGCUUGAGAAGGAAAAGAGUGAACUGAAGAUGGAAAUUGAUGACCUCGCCAGCAACAUGGAAUCAGUGUCCAAAGCUAAGGCAAACCUUGAGAAAGUAGCACGGACACUAGAGGACCAGGUCAGUGAAAUGAAGACCAAACACGAUGAACAUCAACGGUUGAUCAAUGACUUAUCAACUCAUAAAGCACGUCUUACAACAGAAAACGGUGAGUUGAACCGCCAAGUGGAGGAGAAAGAGGCCUUGGUAUCGCAGCUGACAAGAGGGAAGCAAGGAUAUACCCAACAGCUUGAGGAACUGAAGAGGCAGCUGGAGGAAGAAACCAAGGCUAAGGGAGCCCUGGCCCAUGGUCUGCAAUCUGCCCGCCACGACUGUGACCUGCUCCGUGAACAAUAUGAAGAGGAGAUGGAGGCAAAGGCUGAGCUCCAGCGUGGAAUGUCCAAGGCCAACAGUGAAGUGGCUCAGUGGAGAUCAAAAUAUGAAACUGAUGCAAUCCAGCGCACAGAGGAACUGGAAGAAGCCAAGAAAAAACUUGCUCAGCGUCUGCAAGAUGCAGAGGAGCAUAUUGAGGCCGUGAACUCCAAAUGUGCUUCACUGGAAAAGACUAAACAGAGACUACAGAAUGAAGUGGAGGAUUUGAUGAUAGAUGUAGAGAGGGCAAAUUCAGCAGCAGCAGCUCUGGACAAGAAACAAAAGAACUUUGACAAGGUUCUGGCAGAUUGGAAACAGAAAUAUGAGGAGAGCCAGGCAGAACUGGAAGCAUCUCUGAAGGAAUCUCGUAGUUUGAGUACAGAAAUCUUUAAGAUGAAGAAUGCAUAUGAGGAGUCUCUAGAUCACCUUGAAACUCUUAAACGGGAGAACAAGAAUCUACAGCAGGAAAUUUCUGAUCUGACUGAGCAACUGGGUGAAAGUAGCAAGGCCCUCCAUGAGAUGGAAAAGACAAAGAAGACAGCUGAGCAGGAAAAGAGUGAAAUCCAGUCAGCAUUGGAGGAGGCAGAGGCCUCCCUGGAACAUGAGGAGAGCAAGAUCCUCCGCAUUCAGCUGGAACUGAACCAACUGAAAUCUGAAGUUGACAGAAAGAUUGCAGAGAAAGACGAGGAGAUCGAUCAGGUGAAGAGGAACCACCAGAGAGUUGUGGACACAAUGCAGAGCGCUUUGGAGGCUGAAGUCAGGAGCAGGAAUGAUGCCUUGAGAAUCAAGAAGAAAAUGGAGGGUGAUCUAAAUGAAAUGGAGAUUCAGCUGGGACAUGCCAAUCGCCAGGCUUCAGAAGCUCAAAAACAUCUCAGAAACAUACAGGGUCAAUUGAAGGACGCCCAGUUACAACUGGAUGAUGCCUGCAGAAGCCAGGAAGACUUGAAGGAGCAACUAGCCAUGGUGGAGCGCAGAAGCGGCCUGCAACAGGCUGAGAUUGAAGAAAUGAGAGCCGCUCUGGAACAGACAGACAGAGCUCGCAAAAUUGCUGAACAAGAGCUGAUCGAUGUCACUGAAAGAGUUCAGCUGCUGCACUCUCAGAACACCAGCCUCAUCAAUACUAAGAAGAAGCUGGAUGCCGACCUGAAUCACAUCCAGUCUGAAAUGGAAGAAACUAUCCAGGAGUCAAGAAAUGCUGAAGAGAAAGCCAAGAAAGCAAUCACUGAUGCUGCCAUGAUGGCUGAAGAGCUGAAGAAGGAACAGGACACCAGUGCUCACCUUGAACGAAUGAAGAAGAACCUCGAGCAGACAGUGAAGGACCUGCAGCUUCGCCUGGAUGAGGCUGAGCAGCUGGCAAUGAAAGGAGGAAAGAAACAGCUCCAGAAACUGGAGGCCAGGGUGCGCGAGCUGGAAAAUGAGCUGGAAGGCGAGCAGAAGCGAGGUGCUGAUGCUAUUAAAGGUGUUCGCAAGUAUGAAAGAAGGGUCAAGGAACUAUCUUAUCAGUCAGAGGAAGACAGAAAGAAUAAUCUGAGACUACAGGACCUGGUUGACAAGCUGCAGAUGAAGGUUAAGGCCUACAAGAGACAAUCGGAGGAAACUGAGGAACAGGCCAACGUUCACCUGUCCAGGUUCAGGAAGGUUCAGCAUGAACUGGAGGAAGCCGAGGAACGUGCCGACAUUGCCGAAUCUCAAGUCAACAAACUUAGAACUAAAACCCGUGACAUUACUAUCAAGACCGAAGCCAUGGGGGAUGCGGAGAUGGCAGUGUUUGGAAAGGCGGCGUCGUAUUUACGGAAGACUGAUAAAGAAAGGCUUGAAGCUCAGAACCGACCGUUCGAUGCCAAAACCUCCUGCUUUGUUACCGAUCCUAAAGAACUGUACGUGAAGGGAAUCGUCAAGAGUAGGGAGGGCGGCAAAGCCACCGUGGAGACCUUAUUAGACAAGAUGACCGUUACUGUUAAAGACGAUGACGUCCUGCCGAUGAAUCCUCCAAAAUUCGAUAAAGUAGAGGACAUGGUCAUGAUGACUCACCUGAACGAGGCAACCGUGUUGUAUAACCUCAAAGAGCGUUAUGCUGCCUGGAUGAUCUACACCUACUCUGGGUUGUUCUGUGUCACUGUAAACCCCUACAAGUGGUUGCCAGUGUACGACCCGCAGGUUGUGUCGGGAUACAGAGGGAAGAAGCGUCAAGAGGCUCCUCCUCACAUCUUCUCCAUCUCUGACAACGCGUAUCAAGCCAUGCAGACGGAUCGUGAAAACCAGUCCAUCCUGAUUACCGGAGAAUCCGGUGCCGGGAAGACUGUGAACACGAAACGUGUCAUCCAGUACUUCGCUUCGGUUGCAGCAGUUUCCGACGCCAAGAAGAAGGAAGCUCAAACAUCUGGGAAGAUGCAGGUGAGACAGAGCUGGUACCACGCACAAUCUGACACCUUCCUGCAGUUUACUUCUAACUUAAUUUAGUAAAUUAGUAAAUUCUAGAUUCUAAUAUCGAAAGUAUUUUUGCAGGGAUCACUGGAGGAUCAAAUCAUCCAGGCUAACCCACUGUUGGAAGCCUUCGGUAAUGCCAAGACUGUGAGAAAUGACAAUUCAUCUCGUUUCGGUAAAUUCAUCAGGAUUCAUUUCGGUACCACUGGUAAACUGGCUUCCGCUGACAUUGAAACCUAUCUCCUGGAAAAAUCCAGAGUGACAUUCCAGCUGAAAGCUGAAAGGAGUUACCACAUUUUCUACCAGAUGAUGACCAAUCACAAACCUGAAAUUGUUGAGUCAUGUCUAAUUACCACAAAUCCUUAUGAUUAUCCUUUCAUCAGCCAGGGUGAGAUUACAGUCAAGAGUAUUGAUGACACAGAAGAAUUGAUUGCAACUGAUACUGCCAUCGAUAUCCUUGGCUUCGUCAUUGAAGAGAAGUGGGGCAUCUACAAACUCACUGGCGCAGUGAUGCACAUGGGCAAUAUGAAAUUCAAACAAAAACAGCGUGAAGAGCAGGCAGAACCAGACGGCACAGAAGAUGCCGACAAAGUAGCCUACCUGACCGGCCUCAACUCAGCAGAUUUGCUAAAGGCAUUGUGCUAUCCACGAGUAAAGGUUGGCAAUGAAUUUGUGACCAAAGGGCAGACAGUUCAGCAGGUCACCAAUUCAGUUGGUGCUCUUUCCAAAUCUGUUUUUGAGAAAAUGUUCUUAUGGAUGGUCAUCCGUAUUAAUCAACAACUGGACACAAAGCAGGCCAGACAGUAUUUCAUUGGUGUGCUGGACAUCGCUGGUUUUGAAAUUUUUGAUUACAACAGCUUGGAGCAGUUAUGUAUCAACUUCACAAAUGAGAAACUGCAGCAGUUCUUCAACCACCACAUGUUUGUUCUGGAACAAGAGGAGUACAAGAAGGAAGGAAUUGAAUGGACAUUCAUUGACUUUGGUAUGGACUUGGCUGCUUGCAUUGAGCUCAUUGAGAAGCCCAUGGGUAUCUUCUCAAUCCUCGAGGAGGAGUGUAUGUUCCCCAAAGCCUCAGACACUUCCUUCAAGAAUAAGCUGUAUGAUCAGCACCUUGGAAAGUCAAACAACUUCUUGAAGCCCAAGCCUGUCAAAGGAAGGCCUGAAGCUCACUUCUCACUGGCCCAUUACGCUGGCAAUGUGGACUACAACAUUACUGGCUGGCUGGAUAAGAAUAAGGAUCCACUGAAUGAAACUGUAAUUGGGCUGUUCCAGAAGUCAUCAGUGAAACUCUUGGGUGUUCUCUACGCUGCAGUCCCUGAAGACAGUACAAAGAAAGCAGGCAAAAAGAAGGGUGGUUCAUUCCAGACAGUGUCUGCUUUGUUUAGGGAAAACUUGGGCAAGCUGAUGGCUAACCUGAGAACCACACAUCCCCAUUUUGUGCGCUGUCUCAUCCCCAAUGAGACAAAGACACCAGGCAUUAUGGAAAAUCACCUUGUCAUACACCAGUUGAGGUGCAAUGGUGUGCUGGAAGGUAUCAGAAUUUGCAGAAAGGGAUUCCCAAGCAGAAUCAUCUACGGUGACUUCAAGCAAAGGUACAGGAUUCUAAAUGCAAGUGCAAUUCCUGAAGGCCAGUUCAUUGAUAGCAAAAAGGCAUCUGAGAAAUUACUGGGAUCCAUUGAUGUAGAUCAUACCCAGUACAAGUUUGGACACACUAAGGUGUUCUUCAAAGCUGGUCUCUUAGGUGCACUUGAAGAGAUGAGAGAUGAAAAGUUGGCACAGCUCGUUACCCGAACUCAAGCUAUAUGCCGUGGCUUUUUAAUGAGGGUUGAAUUUACGAGAAUGAUGGAAAGGAGGGAAGCACUGUAUACUCUACAGUACAACAUCCGUUCAUUCACCAAUGUCAAACACUGGCCAUGGAUGCAACUGUACUUCAAGAUCAAACCUCUCCUGAAGAGUGCUGAAACUGAAAAGGAAAUGGCAAAUAUGAAAGAUGAGUUUGAGAAAACUAAGGAGGCACUUGUUAAAUCUGAAGCACGGAAGAAGGAAUUGGAAGAGAAAAUGGUGGCUCUUGUGCAAGAAAAGAAUGAUCUCCUACUUCAAGUCCAAUCGGAAGGUGAAACUCUGGCAGAUGCAGAAGAAAGAUGCGAGGGGUUGAUUAAAAAUAAGAUUCAACUAGAGGCUAAAAUGAAGGAAGCUAAUGAAAGAUUGGAAGAUGAAGAGGAGAUGAAUGCUGAGCUGACAGCUAAGAAAAGGAAACUGGAGGAUGAGUGCUCAGAACUGAAGAAAGAUAUUGAUGACUUGGAGCUCACAUUAGCCAAAGUUGAAAAAGAAAAACAUGCCACUGAGAACAAGGUGAAAAACCUCACUGAAGAGAUGGCUAGUCUUGAUGAAAACAUUGUUAAAGUAACCAAGGAAAAGAAAGCUCUCCAGGAGGCCCACCAGCAGACCUUGGAUGAUCUCCAGGCUGAGGAAGACAAAGUCAACACUCUAACCAAAACAAAGACUAAGUUGGAACAACAAGUUGAUGAUCUUGAAGGUUCUCUGGAGCAGGAGAAGAAACUCCGCAUGGAUCUGGAGCGUGCUAAGAGAAAGCUUGAAGGUGACUUGAAGCUGUCUCAAGAAAUAACAAUGGACUUGGAGAAUGACAGGCAGCAACUGGAUGAGAAACUAAAGAAGUCACAACUGGAUGAGAAAUUAAAAAGUCAGAAAGAGUUUGAAAUCAGCCAGCUUCAAAGCAAAGUUGAAGAUGAGCAGGUUAUGGGUUCCCAACUGCAGAAAAAGAUUAAAGAAUUACAGGCUCGUAUUGAGGAGCUUGAGGAAGAAAUUGAAGCUGAACGUGCCGCUCGCGCUAAGACUGAGAAACAGAGAGCCGAUCUUUCUCGGGAACUUGAAGAGAUCAGUGAGCGACUGGAAGAAGCUGGUGGGGCAACUUCAGCUCAGAUUGAAAUGAACAAGAAACGAGAGGCAGAAUUUCAGAAAAUGCGCCGUGACCUAGAAGAAUCCACCCUCCAGCACGAAGCCACAGCUGCUGCUCUUCGCAAGAAGCAGGCUGACAGCGUUGCAGAACUUGGGGAACAAAUCGAUAACCUGCAGCGGGUGAAGCAGAAGCUUGAGAAGGAAAAGAGUGAACUGAAGAUGGAAAUUGAUGACCUCGCCAGCAACAUGGAAUCAGUGUCCAAAGCUAAGGCAAACCUUGAGAAAGUAGCACGGACACUAGAGGACCAGGUCAGUGAAAUGAAGACCAAACACGAUGAACAUCAACGGUUGAUCAAUGACUUAUCAACUCAUAAAGCACGUCUUACAACAGAAAACGGUGAGUUGAACCGCCAAGUGGAGGAGAAAGAGGCCUUGGUAUCGCAGCUGACAAGAGGGAAGCAAGGAUAUACCCAACAGCUUGAGGAACUGAAGAGGCAGCUGGAGGAAGAAACCAAGGCUAAGGGAGCCCUGGCCCAUGGUCUGCAAUCUGCCCGCCACGACUGUGACCUGCUCCGUGAACAAUAUGAAGAGGAGAUGGAGGCAAAGGCUGAGCUCCAGCGUGGAAUGUCCAAGGCCAACAGUGAAGUGGCUCAGUGGAGAUCAAAAUAUGAAACUGAUGCAAUCCAGCGCACAGAGGAACUGGAAGAAGCCAAGAAAAAACUUGCUCAGCGUCUGCAAGAUGCAGAGGAGCAUAUUGAGGCCGUGAACUCCAAAUGUGCUUCACUGGAAAAGACUAAACAGAGACUACAGAAUGAAGUGGAGGAUUUGAUGAUAGAUGUAGAGAGGGCAAAUUCAGCAGCAGCAGCUCUGGACAAGAAACAAAAGAACUUUGACAAGGUUCUGGCAGAUUGGAAACAGAAAUAUGAGGAGAGCCAGGCAGAACUGGAAGCAUCUCUGAAGGAAUCUCGUAGUUUGAGUACAGAAAUCUUUAAGAUGAAGAAUGCAUAUGAGGAGUCUCUAGAUCACCUUGAAACUCUUAAACGGGAGAACAAGAAUCUACAGCAGGAAAUUUCUGAUCUGACUGAGCAACUGGGUGAAAGUAGCAAGGCCCUCCAUGAGAUGGAAAAGACAAAGAAGACAGCUGAGCAGGAAAAGAGUGAAAUCCAGUCAGCAUUGGAGGAGGCAGAGGCCUCCCUGGAACAUGAGGAGAGCAAGAUCCUCCGCAUUCAACUGGAACUGAACCAACUGAAAUCUGAAGUUGACAGAAAGAUUGCAGAGAAAGACGAGGAGAUCGAUCAGGUGAAGAGGAACCACCAGAGAGUUGUGGACACAAUGCAGAGCGCUUUGGAGGCUGAAGUCAGGAGCAGGAAUGAUGCCUUGAGAAUCAAGAAGAAAAUGGAGGGUGAUCUAAAUGAAAUGGAGAUUCAGCUGGGACAUGCCAAUCGCCAGGCUUCAGAAGCUCAAAAACAUCUCAGAAACAUACAGGGUCAAUUGAAGGACGCCCAGUUACAACUGGAUGAUGCCUGCAGAAGCCAGGAAGACUUGAAGGAGCAACUAGCCAUGGUGGAGCGCAGAAGCGGCCUGCAACAGGCUGAGAUUGAAGAAAUGAGAGCCGCUCUGGAACAGACAGACAGAGCUCGCAAAAUUGCUGAACAAGAGCUGAUCGAUGUCACUGAAAGAGUUCAGCUGCUGCACUCUCAGAACACCAGCCUCAUCAAUACUAAGAAGAAGCUGGAUGCCGACCUGAAUCACAUCCAGUCUGAAAUGGAAGAAACUAUCCAGGAGUCAAGAAAUGCUGAAGAGAAAGCCAAGAAGGCUAUCACUGAUGCUGCCAUGAUGGCUGAAGAGCUGAAGAAGGAACAGGACACCAGUGCUCACCUUGAACGAAUGAAGAAGAACCUCGAGACGACAGUGAAGGACCUGCAGCUUCGCCUGGAUGAGGCUGAGCAGCUGGCAAUGAAAGGAGGAAAGAAACAGCUCCAGAAACUGGAGGCCAGGGUGCGCGAGCUGGAAAAUGAGCUGGAAGGCGAGCAGAAGCGAGGUGCUGAUGCUAUUAAAGGUGUUCGCAAGUAUGAAAGAAGGGUCAAGGAACUAUCUUAUCAGUCAGAGGAAGACAGAAAGAAUAAUCUGAGACUACAGGACCUGGUUGACAAGCUGCAGAUGAAGGUUAAGGCCUACAAGAGACAAUCGGAGGAAACUGAGGAACAGGCCAACGUUCACCUGUCCAGGUUCAGGAAGGUUCAGCAUGAACUGGAGGAAGCCGAGGAACGUGCCGACAUUGCCGAAUCUCAAGUCAACAAACUUAGAACUAAAACCCGUGACAUUACUAUCAAGAGCGCUGAAGAGUAGAUGACAACUUGAAACGGUCCAAAGAAGAAAUCUACAAAAUGUGUAUUUCUUUGUAACAUAGUUUUAUAAAUGUAGCAAUAUCAACAAAAAUAAACGUGCAACACGAAA